AUGAUUCGAUUCCAAUCUUGCACAUACGACAUCCAAUGCGAGGGGAAAGACGUAGCCAUUCUCACACUAAGAGAUCCAACUGAAUACUUCGUCUUGGCUCUUGAGACAUCGACAGGCAAUAUGGAAAAGCACCUCAGUGGCUUGAAGCAUUCAGAGAACAUCCAACACCUUGCAAACAAGGGGUUCCGAACUGAUUACGUCCAAGCUCUGAGAGACAUGUCCCCUCAAGCAUACCCCGCUUUUCGUCAAAAGCUGUUGGACCCAACAUGGAAAUUCGAGUAUCACCAAGCCCUGUGCGCUCACAAAGAUAUCCUCAAAAAGGCCAAACGUUACAAGAAGGCCAUGAAAGAAGGGAGGUACGUUGAUUGCAUGGACUUGUCACCGAUGCAUAUGGACAGUCUCAACAAGACCAACAACUUCAUUGAGAAGAUCUGCCCACCGCUCCCCAUGGUGAUGCUGCACGAGGCAACCGGGGAGAACAAGAUCUGCAACUCCCACGACCUCCUCUUUGAGAUGACAAGGCAGUGCUUCCAACACGCGGAGGCUCUCAGCGACGAGACGCGGAACCGCAUGACGGCACAGAAGAUGCAACUCUACGACGGCCUCGUCGCAGCCCUCUGCAAUAUCGACACAGGGAUGCCAAGAGAUGCCGACCCCGCAUCCUGGAGCAUGCAAUCGCGGCAGACCGUCUACAACCUUUUAUUUUAA